UUGAUUUGUCUUCCAGAGGCACCAGUAUUGAUGACUCAGCGCAGUAUGGUUUCAGUAUAUGAGGGCAAUGAUGUCCAGCUGACCUGCAUCCUGAGCAAGAAUUAUCCUGCAGUGACAGAAAUCACCUGGUACAAUAAUGUAAAGCAGAACGUUGGUGAGACACCCAACAAAUACAUCCUUCAGCAAGCUGCUGCCUGGUUUAACCUGACCGUUAGGGAGACAGAUAGCAUGGUGGACAGUGGACAGUACUGGUGUUCCGCUACUAAUGCAGUUGGAGGUGCAGAGAUUCCCAUCUCGCUCGUGGUGAAGAGGUACCCAAUGCCUCCAAACGUGACCAUCAGUAAGAUCACAUACAGCAGCCAGCAGAGGACGGAUGUCAUGUUGGAGUGGUUGGUCCAGAGAGAUGGAGACCUCACUGGGUUCUUCAUUGAGCGUCAGAGGCUCCCUGUAGGCAAGACUGAUGUUGUUCCUCUUUGGCAGAAAGUGGUAGUAGAUCUGGAUCCAAGCACCCGCAGCUACCAGAUAACCAAUCUGGAUCCUAGUGGGAAAUAUGCAUUCCGUGUGACUGCUGUCAAUCAACGAACCACUGGACAUCCAUCAGAGAUCAAGAGCCCAGCAAAUCCACCCUUUAAAGCUUAUCCUGCUGUUAUUGGAGCAGCCAUUGGAGGCAUGCUUCUGGCAACAUUAUCUACAGUCCUGUUCUUCAUUUACAUGCUGAGGAAUCGCAACAACCAUCCUCGUGAGUGCCACAGUGUAAUACAGCUACAGUAUAUGCAUUAUAUUAAUUAUUAA